CUUUCACUAUCAGAGUCCGAGUCGGAUGAUGAACUUUCGACGACGGACAUGUCUUCAGAUGUUGAAAGUAGGUCUGGAAGGUCUACUUCAGCAUCUUUCUUCUUCUUGUUUUUCUUGGUGCUAGCAGGCUUUGACGCGCCUGCUUCGCUAGCGAACACUUGGCCAUUCUGAUUAAAAUCGUCACUGGCCUCCUUUUCUUCGAACACUGGGGCGCCUUCUGCUGACCCCUUCUUAACGUCCGUCAUAUCGGAUGCGGCUCCUACAGUAACUGAAUCGGUAUCAGGUGCAGCAUCUGCAGGCCCAUCGGCUUUCGCGGUUGAAGAUGUUGUAACACCACUAGGGGUAGAAUUCUUUUGCUUCUCCUUCUCCAAUUUCUUUCGUUGCUUUUUCGUUGGGCCGGUGGUAGCUGUGAAACUGGGCGGAGUGCCACCACUAGCUGCUUGCUCCCCUUUUGCUUUUCCCAUGGCUCUUUGCUGCUGUAGAAACGUAACCAGGCUGCGUUUUGGGCUCAUAACGCUCGCUGUUGUGCUUGAUCAUGUUCAUAUUCAGAAACUUGCAGAGUAUUGCAUUCACGUGCUUCGAACAUCUUGCGACUUCAAUGCCUUGGCUGUCUUGUUUGAUCUUCUUGUUCUUUCAUCUUCAUGGUGCAACAAUUGGAUUCGUCUUAUUCGCAACAAUCGUCGUAAUUGAAGUCAUUGAUAUUUCUAAGUAUUACUUUUAUAAAAUGAUAAUGAUCGUGUGCUUAAGUAAAAACAACCGAUCAAAGACAGAGGUCAGCCCUCGUAGUAAAGAACCUGCAAGUAGUUUCCUUGAGGAUAUGUUACCUUUGAUGCGCACCUCCAUCAUCAGGUCCACAAGAAGAAAUCACUGCAUCCAACAGAAGACCUUUGACAAAGCAAGGCAUCGCGGCAUCGUCCUCGCCGUUUUCAUCGCUGAAUAG